GGAGGCAGUAACGGCAGGCCCAGGAAGACGACUUCCCCAAGCCUCAGGCCCCAGCUCGUGCUGUGACAACAGGGUGAUGUAAGAAAUGAAGCCAACAGGUACAGACCCAAGGAUCUUAUCUCUAGCUGCUGAAGUUGCAAAAAGUCCUGAGCAAAAUGUCCCUGUUAUACUAUUGAAGUUAAAAGAAAUAAUAAACAACACACCUUUAGGAAGCUCAGAGUUGAAGAAAAUCAAACAAGAUAUAUAUUGUUAUGACCUCAUUCAGUAUUGCCUUUUGGUGCUCAGUCAAGAUUGUUCUCGAAUCCAGGGAGGUUGGACUACAAUAUCCCAACUUACACAGAUAUUAAGCCACUGCUGUGUGGGCUUGGAGCCAGGAGAAGAUGCAGAGGAAUUUUACAAUGAAUUACUCCCAUCAGCUGCAGAAAAUUUUCUGGUUUUGGGGAGACGAUUGCAAACAUGUUUCAUCAAUUCAGCUAAGGGUGAAGAAAAAGAUGAAUUACUACACUCGUUCCAAAUUGUGACCGAUUCUCUCUUCUGGCUCUUAGGAGGCCAUGUUCAACUCAUCCAAAAUGUACUACAAAGUGAUCAUUUCUUGCACUUACUGCAAACUGACAAUGUUCAAAUAGGAUCUACAGUCAUGACUAUGCUACAGAACAUACUACAGAUCAACAGUGGUGAUUUACUCAGAAUAGAAGGAAAAAUCCUACAUUCAAUUUUAGAUGAAGUUGUUUUCAAGCUUUUAUCAACUCCUAACCCAGUCAUAAGAAGUACUGCUACAAAGCUCCUACUGCUGAUGACUGAAUCCCAUCAGGAAAUUUUGAUUUUACUGAGACUAAGUGCCUGCUACAAAGGACUCAGAAGUCUAUUAAACAAACAUGAGCCUGGGACAGAGUUUAGUCAAGAACUUGGACAGCUUAUUGCCCUUUUAACCCCUAAGGUCUAUCAGGAAGUAGAAGAUCAGAAACUACAUCAAGCAGCUUGCUUGAUUCAAGCUUAUUGGAAGGGUUUCCAAACUAGAAAAAGAUUAAAGAAGCUUCCAUCUGCUGUGAUUACUUUGCAGAGGAGUUUCAGAUCUAAACGAACCAAGAUAUUACUAAAGCUAAAUAAGCAGAAAGAAGAAGAGGACCGCAGAUUACAGUUGCAACUUCAAAGACAGAGAGCCAUGAGAUUGUCCCGAGAAUUACGGCUGAGUAUGCUCGAAAUAGUUCAUCCAGGUCAGGUGGAAAAAUAUAAUCGGGAAAUAGAAGAGAAAUCAGCCUUGAUUAUCCAGAAACACUGGAGAGGGUACAGGGAAAGGAAAAAUUUUCGCCAACAGAGGCCAUCUCUCACGGAAUAUAAAGCAGCUGUCAUACUUCAAAGAGCAACUCUUAAAUUCCUAGCAAAGUGCCGUAAGAAAAAGAAACUAUUUGCUCCUUGGCGAGGACUUCAAGAUCUCACCGAUGCACGGAGAGUUGAAUUAAAGCAACAAGUGGAUGACUAUCUCAGAAGACAUCCGAGCUCUCAAAUGUCAGAUAUGACUAGCAGAGAGCUCCAUUCCCAAGCUCAAGAACAACUGCAACACUACCUUAUGGGCAGGGCCCUAGAAGAGAGAGCCCAGCAGCACAGGGAGGCUCUGAUGGCUCAGAUCAGCACCAACAUUGAACAGUUAAUGAAGGCACCGAGUCUGAAGGAGGCAGAAGGGAAAGAACCUGAACUCUUCCUAAGUAGAUCCAGGCCUGUGGCAGCUAAGGCCAAGCAGGCCCAUCUUACUGCCCUGAAGCAUAUACAGGCACCUUGGUGGAAGAAGCUUGGGGAAGAAGCAGGAGAUGAGAUUGAUGUUCCAAAGGAUGAGUUUAGUUUAGAAUUAGGAACUUUAUUCAUUGGUGGAACCAAACCCCCUUAGGAAGCUAUCCAGAGAAAUGACACAAAUCCUUUAUUUUAGAUUAUUUUGGUUCUGCCUCUGGCAUGCUAGUAGACUAGAGCUAUCUUUUACUCAUGGCUUUCCAGAGAUUCCUCUCCAAAUAAGAUUUUCAGGCAGUAAGCAAAGA